UUUCGUCCCGAUCGCGCGUCGACUCGGCGGGUGCGGAAAAUUUUACUUUUUUUUUUCCUGGGAAAAGUGCGAUUCAAGAUUGUUCCCCUUCUCAUUUUUCUUCAAAGUUUAUCGGCUCGGCUCCAGCCAACAGUGUGCGAGCCACCUGCCGCGAAGAUCCCCAGAUCUUGUUUCGAGCGCGCUCGACUGGAGAUCAUCAAUCUUGAGGGUGGGGAAAAGUGAUUAUUUUCGCAAGAAAAGCCAGUUUGAAAAAAAAUCGCGCAAAAAUUUGAAAAAUAUGAGUGAAGCCACUGCUAGCCGGGAGUGUGGCGACGAAGAAAGCAAAGCUGAUUAAAAAAAAGAAGAAGCAGAAGCAGAAAAAAAGAGUCGGUUUGGUCCGAAUAAUUUUAGAAUCCGCUCAAGCUGCUACACGACGCGAACCCGACUUUGGCACGCCGCAGUGCAACGCCGCGAAGGAAAAUGACAACCUCCUGGCUCUAAGUACAUUUCGAAGGGGGGUCGUCCCUAAGCGUGUGUGUGUGUGUUCGCAAGUUGAGCGAAAGAUAAUUAGAAAGGAAAAAUCGGCGAUGACGGAUUUUUAUGAGCCGGUCUGUGACUUAGAAAAUGUUGGUCCGGCGAUUGUGGUGGGAAACAGCUGAAUAAAAAAGACGAAAUUAUGACGUCACAGGGGAAAUUUGAGGCUCAGCAGCAAAUCGUUUCCAAUUAUAAAUAAAAACUGAAGAAAUUCGAAACGCCACCGACUCGUGAAAGUUCUGAAUUUUACUGCCACAGCGCGAAUUGUGGCGAAUUUUCCACGCGUGCAAAAACCACAAUAAACAAAAAGGUUUCCAAUGGAAAAUACAUGUUUCCUCGAACGGGGAAAAGUCAACAUUGUAAAAGAAUUGCUGCUCUAGUUUAAGUGUGUAGCGAGUGAUCAAACUUGUGACGUCACACGUGGUGAACGUUGCUAUAGUGAUAGUGUGUGUGAGUGUGUGGAAACUGCUGUAAGAAGAGGAAAAUUUGCUGUUUUAACUGGGUGCAUAUGUUGUUGGAGGGAAAAGUGUUGGAAUUCGAGCGAGAAGACGGAAAGCAUUUCUCGCUCGCGAGCGAGGGAGGGAACUUGUAGCACUUGAGCCGCUGCAUCAAUAAAUACUAGAAUCUGCGCUCCAUCCCACUUCGACGUUUCUCGUCCCGAGCUGAAAGUCAACCACAAAUGCAACAAUGGCGGGCCACUCGUCAGGCUUAUCGCGCAGCAAGUCCUCGACCGGAAACAUCCACAAGAUCCGCGAGUUCGAGCUGGACAAGGUCACGCUGUCCGAUGAGUUCGACAUCCUGCAGAUCGUCGGCGAGGGCUGGUUCGGCAAGAUUCUGCUCGUGGAGCACCGGGCCACCGACACGGAGAUGGUGCUGAAGCUGCUCCCGAAGCCGUUCGUGUCGCUGACGGACUUUUACAAGGAGUUUCACUUUAGCUUGAGCUUGGGCAAUCACAAGAACAUCGUUACGACGUACGAUGUGGCGUUCGAGACGGCCGGGUUCUACGUGUUUACGCAGGAGUAUGCGCCGCUCGGCGAUUUAACGUCAAAUGUGUCGGACAGUGGAAUUGGGGAGUUGCAUACCAAACGGGUCGCCCGGCAGCUGGCUUCUGCCAUCGACUACAUGCAUCAAAAAGAACUCAUCCACCGGGACAUCAAGCUGGACAAUGUGCUGGUAUUUCGGUCGGACUUUGCCCGCAUCAAGCUGUGCGACUUUGGCGAGUCUCGUCGAACCGGGGAGGAGGUGCUGCGGCGGAACGAGUGGCUGCCGUACAGUCCUCCGGAGGUCCUGGCGGUUAAGACCGAUGAUAAAUACAAGACUGAUACUGCACACGACGUUUGGCAAUUCGGUAUCGUAUGCUUUGUCUGCUUGACGGGAUGUCUACCCUGGCAGAAAGCCUCCAUCGAUGAUCCCAGAUUCAAUAGGUUCCAGGUGUGGCACAACGCGACGCUCACAUUUCCAAUGAAACGCUGCCCGAAGCUGUUCAAGCUGUUGUCGGCGCGGGCGUGCAAGAUCUUCAAGAAGUUCCUGGACCCGCGUCCGGACCGGCGGCUGAAGGCGCUGAGCGACGUCCAGAAGUACCUGGACGACCGGUGGCUGGCGAAGAGUGCCGAGAAGGAGAUGGCGGACAACGAGCCGGACGAGCUGUGUCCGUCGAUGUACUCGUUCCAUAGCAGUGUGGACGAGAAGAAUCGGUUGCUGUCGACGUUGGCGCAGUGCGGAAUCGAGACCACGGUGGACAGGGCGGCCAAGAAGAACCGGAUUAGGGACUGGAUUCAAUCGUCGGUGAUUACUGAGGAAGAGGAGGAGGAUGAUUCCGGGACGGCAACUCCGACCUCGACGGCUUCGCGGACGGCCAUUCCUGGGCACGUGUCGUCGGUUGCGGCGAUGGAGCGAGCAGCGGAGAAGAAGAUCAACUCGACGGUCAAAGACGCGUCACAGAAGCACAUCGACCCGCGGACGGGCACGAUCCAGCUGAGCCCAAGCGAGAUGGGAUCGGUAAACAAGCCGUCGUCGGUCGCGAUCAAGAACGAUCGUAACAACAACAGCAGGGACAAACCGAUGACCAAUGGGGGGAACAACUUUAGCUCAAACAGGUUCUACGACAACUCAGUUCCAGUCAACCCACUCGCGCACAGCAACAGCGGAUCCACGACCCAGGGUCUCAUGAAAGCAUUUAAUUCGGCAGCGGCCGUGUCCGUGCCGGAGAUCAACGGACGAUCCACCAAACCAGCUCAACCAGCAUUGUCCAAGUAUCAGGAGAGUGCCGUUCGCGACUCCGGCUACGGAGGAUCCACCGACGGAAACCGCCAGCGAAGACUGGCCCCGACCAGCAUGGCCGGCAGCAGCCCAAUGGUCCGACAAUCCCCAAUCCUAGCGAAACGAUCCGCCAUGAUCGCGUCGGACAACACGACCCACGAGGACGACGAAGUUCUGGACGAGGACGAUCGCGAGUUCCCGAACGACUUUGAGGAUCUCAUGGAGUCCAACAAUGGGUACAAGCUCAACGGCAGGGCCGUUGCCAAGGACAGCCCGUACGACAAGCUCUUCUUUAGGAGAAAGUGAUCGCCGUACGUGAUCGCGCUCAAGUUGCACCGGUUUGCAAGGCACCUCGUUUCUUUACACACACACACUUUGGUUUUUCUUUAGUAUCGUCGCUAAGAAGAAGACAUUUUCGGUAGUUUGUCGGCUACGAUCGGGUAGCCGGUUUUGGGAGAAAAAUCGCACUGAUGUUCGUUAAUCUUGAAGUGUUUUUGCACACGGGCACACAUUUUGAUACCACUUACACACACGCACACCACUAUCUCACGAUAUUCAUACUUUGACUGUUACUAUUAUUAUGAUUAGUUAGGUAGAUAAGACAGGGGCUCUCUCACCGCGCGGUUAUCAAAAAAAAAAAAAAUCUUCAAACUUGCUGUAGUGAAAUGGACACUGAUGAACUUGGAGUGCCAUCAGGCGGUGAAGAAGAAAAGUGUAAAGCCUUUUUAGAUAAGACAAUUGGGAAUUUGGCUAAUUGGAUCUGCUGUAUAAUGCGGUUUAUUGUACGGUUUAUUGUACCGUAGCUGUUUUGUAUGACGAGAGAUAAGAACCGAAAUAAAGCAAACAAACAAAAAACAGUAAACG